AUGUCGCGUAAUAUUACUCUUCCUUCAGUUGAAGAAGUUAAUAAAUGGUGGCCAAAUAAUGUUGUUACUUUUCUGGGAUCUAAUAAAAAAAAGCUAUUUCUCAAAGAUGAAGACAUUAAAGUAUUUGAAGAUAACCGUGUUCCUGGACCCGCUUUCCUUAAGUUGAAUGUUGAUAAACUUAUAGCUCAACCAUACAAUCUUCUUGGUGGACCAGCCGAAACAAUUGCAGAGUUGAUUGAUAAAAUUAAGGGCGAAGGGCAGGACGAAGGACCACCGAGAAAACGCCCAAGGUUAAUCAGAGCUCUCGAUGGGGAGCAGGUUUUUGAUGAUUCCAAAUCUAUGACAUGGUUUGACCAGGAAGCAGAAACCAGAAAAGCAUUGUUCCAAGAUUCCCCAAACGUAAUUGUCAAAGGAGGAUAUUCUCCGGGCGAAUCGAAUUUUUUUAAUUUCGUUACAUCAGGCGUUUUUGUGGACAAAUCGCUUUUCAUUAUAGAAUUUAUGAUCUACAGUGAGCGGGCUAUACUUAUUACUCGUCCCCGUCGGUUUGGAAAAUCUACAAACCUUUCAAUGCUUUAUACUUUUCUCAAACCGGUGCCUGAAAUAGAAAAAGAAAAGAAGCUUGCAUUGUUUAAAGACCUUAAGGUUGCUCAAUUCAAUUGGUUUAUGAAGUUGCACUUCGGAAAUUGGCCCAUUAUUUACAUUAAUUUCAAGGAUCUGGAUUAUGAGUCUUGGGAAUCAAUGCUGUGUUCUAUCAAGGACAAAAUAUCGGAACUUUAUAAAGAACAUCGUUAUAUUAUUAAUGAUAAGAAGCUUUAUCCGGAUGAUGAAUCUUUAUUUAUAAAUACUCUUGACAGAACAAUUGGCGAGUCAUAUUUAAUAAACUCUAUCUCCCGUCUAACACGCCAUCUUCAUGAAUACUUUGGCAAAAAAACCAUUAUUCUCAUUGAUGAAUACGACUGGCCGAUGGAACACGCAAAAAACUUUUACGACAGAGCUA